AUGUAAAAACUUAUAAUAUUCUUAUUAUUAAUAACCUUUGUUUUUGGUUUAAAAGUCCUCGAACACUAAUGUGGCCAUGAUAAAUUUAAAUAAAGCUAUAAAUAUGAAUCAAUACCCCGAGAUCCUGUUGAAGAAUCUUCAGAUAUUCGUAAUUUAUAAACGAAACAAUCUCGUAAUAUGAUAAUUACCUACAAUAUGGAUUAUUUCAAAUCUUUAACUACAGAUACUUCUGGUUUGAAAAAUAAGCUAAUUAGUAUAAAUAAUAGCUGUGAGAAAGUUUUGUAAUUGGCAAUUGAUUAUUUUUCUCGUUUAAUAAAAAUAAUCCCAACAGAUAUGAGAUAUAAACACAUUAAUAAAAAAUGUGGAUUAGUUCCAAUUCCUUAAAUAGACAGAAUUUAGGGAAAAAAAUCUGAUUUACAUUUAUAUGUAUCAUAUACAUUUGAGAAAAAUAGCAAUAGUUUAGCUCAUGCCUCUUGGUGUUAAUUUAUAGAUUAUUUAGGACCUACUCAUGGUACAGUUAACUUUAAUUUAGGAAUAUUAACUACCAAAAAUAUGGAAGAUCCUAUUAUAUUUGAAGAUUUAAUGGAAAUAAUUAUCCAUGAAAUCGCUCAUGUAUUAGGUUUUAGCGAUGGUGAUGCAAAUAGAUGGGUAAAUUCUGAUGAAAAGCAUUAUACUAACCCUAUCUUAAAAAUUUAAAUUAAGGGAAUUGAAAAAUAGUUAAUCAAAACUCCUAAUAUUAAAAAAUUUGCUUAAAAUUAUUACGGAUGUCAAAAUUUACAUGAUAUACUUCUUGAAGAUUAAGGAGGAACCGGAUCUGUAGGAUCUCAUUGGGAAUAAACAGUUAUCGCAGAUGAAUACAUGAAUGCAAGUAUAUCACUAAAUUAGGCCUAUUUUAGUGGUUUUACAACCAAUCUUUUAAAAGACACAGGUUUCUAUGCUGAAAUAGACGAAUCUAUGGAGGAAAAAACAACUUAUGGAAAAUGA